AUGACCAACUGCCUAACACUUAUCUAUACAGUUCACUCAUUCAUUCUCUCAUGUCUAAAGAAGGCAAGAAUCACCCGACAUCCUCUUCAAGACUCGUCAUUCGAUUCUUCCUCUCCGUCCACCCCUAAUCUAUCAGAAGACCAUCAGAUGGAGUCAUCACCAAAGAUGACACAGAGGCGAAUGAUACGCAAUGAAAAGGCACGUUCGUCACCUCCACUUUCACCAUCAUCUUUUCUUCGUGGACAGAAUCAAAAUGAUUCUUUCAGUAGCUGCAGUAGUAUCAACAGUAGCAAUAGUUACAACAACGAUUUCAAAGCACGCAAUGAGAAUUCAUUAGUACCACUUUCACCUUCUUCUCUGUUACCAGGAGUAGAACAAUUAGUAGAAUCAUCAAAUAACAACAAUAAUAACAACAAUCAAAACAAUAGUAAUAGCAAUUUUUCACCAUCAAGAAGUCGGUCAAAUUCUCGAGGAGUACUCUACUCACCUCGUUCAAGAUCACCUUCAAUCACACCAACUUCAUCACCAUCAUCAUCCUGUAAAAAUAUACCACCUCCAUCCACGCCACCCAUACCAAUCAUUUCAAAUGGAUCAAACAGAUUAGAUCCAAUUUCAGAAUCGUUGUUGACCUCUGACGCCAAUGUGAUGUCGACUCCUAUAACACAGAAUUUGGCAUCACUUCGUUUGAACGGCAGUAGCAGCAUACAGAUUACACCUGCAACACCAAUCACACCCAUUUCACUCUCAUCGAGACACGUAACCAUCAAUGAUUUCACUUUGAUUGAAAAGAUUGGUGAAGGUGGAUUCGGUCAGGUUUAUCUCGCCAAAAAGCAAGACACUGGCGAAGUCGUCGCACUCAAGCGUAUGUCCAAAGAUUUGAUUUGGUCCAAGAACAAAAUAUCACACAUCAAGAAUGAAAGAGAUAUUCUCGCACAGGGCAAGAAUCACCGAUAUAUCGUAUCGUUGGUCUACUCUUUCCAAGACGAUCAGUAUCUGUAUCUUGCAAUGGAGUAUGUUGCCGGUGGUGACCUAAGAUCGCUCCUCAGUGCAAUCGGAUGUCUCGAUGAAGAGAAUGCCAAGUUCUACAUGGCAGAGAUGGUGGAAGCAGUCGACUCUUGUCAUACUCUUGGUUACUGUCACCGUGAUCUCAAACCAGAGAAUUUCCUUAUCGACAAGACUGGUCAUAUCAAGCUGGCCGAUUUCGGUCUCUCCAAGAUGUUUACCCGUUAUGUAAAGUCUGCCAAAGGCACUCCAGGUCCAAAUCCAGCGGUCCUCGAGCACACACCAAUGAAGUUCUCAAGUAAUAGUCUCAGCACAUCGGUGACAGACUUUUCGGGAUUCGGUUCAUUCAAAGAUAUCAGUCUGCAAGCAAGAUUGGCAUACAGCGUUGUCGGUAGUCCAUUCUACAUGGCACCGGAGGUCCUCCAAGCGACCACUGGGUAUGGUGACGAAGUAGAUUGGUGGUCACUGGGAUGUAUGUUUUACGAAUUCAUAUGUGGUGUACCUCCAUUCGACGGAGAUUCACCAGAGGAAGUUAUGGAAACCGUACUGAAAUGGAAGUCGAAUCUUCAACGUCCUCCAAACAUCUCUGACGACUUGUGGAGUCUUAUCACUGGUUUAAUAACUGAUGGCAACACAAGAUUGGGCACCGGUGAAAGAGGUGUAGAGAAUAUCAAGAGCCAUCCAUUCUUUAGUGGUGUAUCAUGGGGAAUGCUUCAUGAAAAUGAACCUCCAUUUGUGCCUCUCCUUGAAGAUGAUUUUGAUACAACAUAUUUUGAAAAAGAUAGAGAAAGAGCAGUAGUUUACACAAACAGAAAUUCUGGUGGUACCGUUUCAACCUAUAAAGGUAAAGCAAAUAGAAACAUUCUUGGCUUUACCUAUCCAAGAGCCGGUGAUGAUCCUCUGGUCUGGAGUAACAUGUUAAAAGGUCUGACCACAGAGCAAAACAAUGAAAACAAUAUAAAUAAACUAAAAACAUCACUCAACCAUCUGACGCCACCAGGAGCUAGUCCAUCUUCCAAUGACACAAAUCAAGAAUCAACAAGCCCUUAUAGUACCUACAGAAACAAAUUUAGUUUGACAGAAAUGAAUUUAGAGUUAUCAAAUAAAGAGCCAUGGAAUUAA